UUAUGUUUUCCUAUAUGCCUAGGAAAAAACGUGUUCACCUUUUUCGCUUCCAUAGUACUAAGCACAGCAUUGUGUUGCCAAACAGCACCCUGACAAUGCGCCAAAUCCUGACUCUCAAAACUGUCCACAGCUGCAAGCGCAAACGCGACAUCAGCAGUCGCAGGCGGCACCUAAGCGAGUUGGUUGAGAUAUUCCGCGAGCUCAUCGGCGGCAACAACCGCUACAGGCGCGUUCCCUGUCCGAUCCUAUCACUGUGGAGUCGCCCAGGAGAGUGCUGGUCUUGGACGCCAAAUCUUGCACCGCCUUCGACAUGUUGCGUAAUGUCUAUGGAAAACCAAGCGUACGAGCCAACGGGGGCCGGGAAGGCCUGCGUAGUGCUCUGAUCAAUGGCAGGCGGAUACGAAGCGUUCGGAUAAGGCCCGUUUGCGCCCAUGGACUGAAGCAUCUGAACCGUCUGCUUCUGCUUCUUCGACAGAGCGUGCUGCUUGAUCAUGCGAGGCAGUUCGGACAGGUAGGGCCGCCUCCACAGAUUUUGUUCGAUGAGACAUGCAUGAUGAUGGGGUCCUGCGUGAUAUACUUUCUCGAGAUGGAGAGGAUGAUUGCUUCCAGGCUGGUGAUGUCCUGUUCCAGUGCUUGUAUCUUCUGCUUCGAGACCUGCUUCCGCAUGUCGCUGCCCGCGCUAUAUAUAUGCAGUUCGUGAAGCCUUUUUGCACACAUUCCGAGCACGAGGAUCGCUGGCCGUCGCACUGGACACGCGUUAGCAGCAGAACGGCGGGGCAGAGAACGAGGUGGUAGGCUAUGUAUAUGACCACCUCAAUACAUCAGGCUCUACCCAAUCAUUACGUCCACUCCGACGCACAUCGCCCGCACCUUCCACCUCCCCACUGUUCUGCCCUCCAGGGGGGAGGGGGGGCGCCGCGGGCUGUCCUCAAGCGGUCGCGCAAUAGGACGUGAGAGAGGAUUGGAUCAAGUCCUCCGAUUCGUCAACCCGGCCACCCUGUUCCCAUACAGCGUCUCAAUCAUGCAAGCAGCCAACACGUCGGGUGGCUUAGAUCUAUGCGAUUCGUAUGUGAUGGAAACACGAAGAGCUGCUUUACUUCGAGGCGAAUUCCACAGCGAAACAAAUACAUGCAAGGCGGUUCGAUACUAUACUCCUUUGGGCUUUAACUAAGUUGUUCACGUCAGAUACGGCAUAGUUUCGUGCCGCAUGGGCAAGCCGCACUUCAUGCCUGCCAUCCGUCUUCUGGAAGCUGGUUUACCGGUCAUGAAAGUGAAAGUCCUACCAGGGCUAGGUCAUUGUUUGUGGAUGAACGCGACUCUGCGUUGUCAGGGAUCUACAUGUUUUACCUCGUGCAUGAAGCCGAGCCAGUCGUCGUGUUGACCUCGUGAACAGAAGGUUUUUAUAUUUCCCUCCGACUUCUUCAGUUCCUUCAGUGAUAUCUUUCAUCUUUCAUUUAAUUACGAAUUCGAUUCUGACCUUAGGCAAAUUGCAAGAAUGGACGACAUCACCGUCUGGAUGACAGAAAUCAGCGACUAUGCUGUCGAAAUAUUAAAAUCAGUUAACUCAGACCCCUCGGCUAGUGCAUAUUAUAACAUUAUCAGCGAUAUCUCAAUUUACAGUGGGAAGCUCAUGCUUCGCAAUGGCGCAAUCUCAGAAAAGAAAAUUGAGAAAACCGUCUCCGGAUGGAUCGCGGCACUGAAAAAAAUAGAAGAAUAUGGGGAGCUUGCGUGGAAGGUUGAAGACUUCAUAUAUAAUACACAGGACAUACUCAAGAAGCACACGGAGCAUAUUGGAAUUCCGGGCUUGUUAAGAGAUACACUUGCAAGUCUUAGGGGAGUGACAUUUCAAUAUAUUGGUGAGGAUUUAAUGUACCACAAGGUAAGAUUAUACUAUCAGGUAUUGGAGCCGAACUGAAAACAUAACAGAGUUAUCGUGAAUUCCGUCUCUCACCAUGGCUUACUGCUUGUUGGUAUGUCGAAAACGGUAAAGCAUACUGGAGCUAUAAAUGGAACAAUGUAGCGGCUUAAGACAAGAUCUGAGGUCGCAAUAUUUAGAAUUCGUGAAAUGACAAAUAUCGCUUAGAAUAGUUACUAUAAAGGUUAUUAGAGGUAAUUAAUAUAAUAUUCCCAGG